AUGUCUCAAGACUCCGGACCCCAGACUCCGGCUGACCCCGUCGACACCGAAAAAAUUCACCCGUUUAAUGGCACUGGCACGGCGGAGGAUCCCUUCAUCGUCGAGUUCCAGAAGGACGACCAGAGCAAUCCCAUGAAUUGGGGCAGAUUAGAAAAUGGUCUCAUUGGCGUCAUCUUGGUCCCCGAGACCUAUGGACCAGUUUUACUAGACAGAAAAGCAAUUGCCCUUUCCAAGGCUGAUGAAAAGGUCUACAUAAGUGUCCUGGAGAAGAAUAUGGGUAAGAAGCAGCCAUCAGAGGUCUUUGGGCGAGCUCUGGUACGACCUUGGAUCCUGCUCUUCCGCGAGUAUAUUGUUCUUAUUGCGUCACUCUACAUGGCUAUUAUAUACGGCACUAUCUACAUGUUUCUGGGAGCCAUUCCCAUUGUUUACAACGAGCUUCGCAAACGGAGCCCAGGCUUUGGUGGACUUGCUUUCCUUGGGAUGGCUGUUGGAAUCAUUACAGGACUUGGGUUGCCAUCUAUGAUAACAAUGGCCAUUUUAUGA